AUGAGCAGGAAGAGGAGAGAAGGAGGCGGCGGCGGAAAAGGCGGUGGGGGAGGGGAUCAUCAGCUGCAGAGGGGAGGCGGCGGUGGGCCGACGGCGGUAACGGAUGCGCUCUCCAUGGACGGCGGCCUCCGCGAGGUGUCGGUCUCGGUCAUCUUCUCCGUCUGGUGCAUUCUUUUCCUCCUCCGCUCCCAGUUCCUCAACAGCCAGACCGACCCUUCAGAUUUCUACGGCGAGCACGGCAAGCGCGACAACUACUGCAAGGUGAUGCCACUGGAGGCAUACAUAUUCCCCGCCGAUAACGUCUCCUCCCCGACGUGCCAAUCGCCCCCCUCCUCGACGCACCACCAAGAAGCGCUACCACUGUCCAAUGCAACUGGCGGCAACUCGUCGGCCGAGGCGGCCUUCGUCGAGCUGGACGAGUUCCGGAGCCGCAUCCUGCAGGGCCAGGCCGACAACGACACCGCCGGCCGGCACCACCAUCGCGUCGCGGACGGCGCCACGCACCGGCUGGAGCCCAGCGGCGCCGAGUACAACUACGCGGCGGCGUCCAAGGGCGCCAAGGUGCUGGCCCACAACAAGGAGGCCAAGGGCGCCGCCAACAUACUGGACGGCGACAAGGACCGGUACCUCCGCAACCCCUGCUCGGCGGAGGGCAAGUUCGUGGUGGUGGAGCUCUCGGAGGAGACGCUUGUCCACACCGUGGCGCUGGCCAACCUGGAGCACUACUCCUCCAACUUCAAGGACAUCGAGCUCCACGGCAGCCUGAGCUACCCGGCGGAGGCGUCCUGGGAGCUGCUGGGCCGCUUCACGGCCGAGAACGCCAAGCACGCGCAGCGCUUCGUGCUUCCCGAGCCCAGGUGGACGCGGUACCUCCGCCUGCGCCUCGCCAGCCACUACGGCUCCGGGUUCUACUGCAUCCUCAGCUACCUCGAGGUGUACGGCAUCGACGCCGUGGAGCAGAUGCUGCAGGACUUCAUCGCCAGCAACAUCCCCGACGCCGACGCCGCGAAGACAGCCGCCGACGCCCGUAAGGACAGCGGCGGCCGCGACGAUACCGCCGGCGCCCUGGUCCAUGCAAAGCAGGUGGACGGCUCCGGGCGGAACGACAGCACCGGCGACGUGGCCAAGAACAACGCCAACAGUGCGGGUGACGCGAAGCCGGCGCAGCAGGCCAAGGAGCCGGCGAAGCAGUCGACGUCGUCGGGGCGGAUCCACGGCGACGCGGUGCUCAAGAUCCUGAUGCAGAAGAUGAGGUCCCUGGAGGUGGGGCUGUCGACGCUGGAGGAGUACACCAGGGUGCUCAACCAGAGGUACGGCGCCAAGCUGCCGGACCUGCAGAAUGGGAUGUCGCAGACGGCCAAGGCGCUCGAGAAGAUGAAGGCCGAUGUGAAGGACCUUGUCGACUGGAAGGACGACGUGGCGAGUGAUCUGGGAGAGCUAAAGGACUGGAAAUCAAGCGUCUUGGGGAAACUAGACGAUCUGGUCAGGGAGAACGAGGCGAUGAGGUGGGACGUGGAGGAAAUGAGGAGCAUUCAGGAGACACUGCAGAACAAGGAGCUGGCGGUGCUGUCCAUCAGCCUCUUCUUCGCAUGCCUGGCUCUCUUCAAGCUGGCCUGCGAUCGGGUGCUGCUGCUCUUCUCCAGCAAGGAGGAGGACGAGGAGAGGGCUGGGAGAGGAUGGAUGCUGGUGCUGGCGGCCAGCAGUCUGACCACCCUCAUCGUGCUGCUCUACAGCUAA